AUGCAUUACACUACGAUCAUGCAAUUUUGAGGAAGUACACAGCAUAUUACGCUUUUUUGUCGGUGCCACAGAUUGUUUAACAUUGAAAAACACUUUUAACUUAUUAAAUGAUUGUAUUGAACAUUUUACGUUGGUUUAGCAGGAAAAAAAAAAAGGAGUUUAAUUAAAAAUAAAGAAAUCGUUUUUUAAAUGUUAGCUUGAAGUUAUUUUAUAUAUUUUUUUGUUUUUAGUUAAAUGGUAAAACCUUUAGACAAAUUGGCUAAACUAACUUUUUGGUCUUCAUGUUACAACAGCUUGAUUUUAAAAAUUAGUGUUUAUCAAUUGCUAAGUUGGAAAAACUAGCAAUACAAAAAUGAUGAAUUGCAAAAUGUAUUACAUAUUUUCAUUGUUCGUAGUUUUAAUUAAAUUUUCUAUAACAGCCGAUGAAAGCUCGUAUGUAAUUACAAACGUGGUUUCGCAAGUGUCAAUAAUAUCGUACAAAGAUGUUAGCGUUAAUUAUGGAAGAGGGGUAGUAUUAAAACAAGAGAAUUUUUUUAUUCUGUACAAUAAAAGUCAAAACUGCGAAGUGUCAACGGUAAAAAAUGACUAUUCAGAAAUUGGAACUAUAUUACCUUCUACAUUUCCUUGCAAUUUUAAAGAAGGAGAUGUGUCCUACCAACAUUUGGGUAGUAUGUCUCGCACAACAGAUGUAAUAAAACUCCAAGUCCGUUUAGAAACCGAUCAGAAAGUAAUAAUUAAGCCCUUUGUAUUACGAGUUCAAGUUGUUUUUGAAAAUUCAUUAGAAGUUGUUACAAAAAUAGAAAAUUUGAGGGUGAACGAGAUGAGUAAUUUUUCAGAGGCAAUAACCAAAGAUGUGGUAAGAUUUGAUUUUGUCAAAGAAACGUACACGUGUAAUGUUCGGUUAUGCCAUAGUAGCAAAAGUCCUCCUUAUUAUGGAUCAAUAAUUAAUGCUACUAACUUUCCUCUUCAAUUUAGUUAUUUAAAUCGAAAAUACAUGUCGUGUGAAGAAUUUUUAAGAGGUUCGUUGUACUACUACUAUCGUCGUGAAACUUCAUCUACGAACCGAGACUAUAUUCCAUUGAUGGUUGAAACUAGAAAUAUAGCAUCCAACGUAGUAAAAAAGCGGGAGUUUUUUCAAUUACCCGUUCGAAUAUAUGGAGUUCCUGAAAACAAACCCCCUAUAAUAAAUUAUGAUGAUGCGCAAUACAGUUUAAAUGUUGAUCGGCUUUCUUUGACGGUAAUUACUUCAAAUAUAAUAAAAGCAGAAGAUAAACAAGCGAACUUCGAUUCUAUUCUUUUUAACGUUACAAGUAAAUAUGAACCCAAUGAAGGCUUUUUAGUGCAUAUUGAAGAUCCAGAAAGACCUUUAACAACUUUUUAUCAAAGAGAGAUCAAAGAUUUUAAGAUUGCUUAUAAACCGCCAAUAAAUAUUAGUAAUUUUAAUUCACAACAAAUAUGGUUUGAAGCAAGAGACAGAUUUGAUGCCGUUUCCUUGCCGUUUUAUGUUAUUUUUGUUUUAAAAGCAUCUAACACAAGAGCUCCUCAAGUAAUUAAAAAUACGGGAUUAACAUUAACUGAAGGAAAGUCGAGAUUGAUCACGCGAGAUGCUCUUGAGAUUAGAGAUAUAGAUAACGAAGAAGUUGUUACUGUAUCAGUUAUUGGUGGGCUAUUGCACGGAAAACUAUAUAAAAAAGGUGUAAUUAUUUCAACUUUUACACUUCAAGAUAUAGAUGAACAAUGUAUAUUGUAUCAACACGAUGACUCAGAAACUACCUAUGACAAUGUAAUAUUGCGAAUUUCAGACGGUGUAAACUCUAUUGACGUCAUGUUUCUAAUAACAAUUUUGCCUGUAGAUGAUCAAGCGCCAGUACUUUCAGUUAACACGGGCGCAUUUUUAACGGAGGGUGAAAUUAAGAGAAUUGACGAGUUUGAGCUUAGUGCAACGGAUUUGGAUUCUGAUGUUGAAAAGAUUACUUUUUAUAUCGUUAAAGAGCCAGAUGCUGGUUACCUAUGCUUGCGUAAAUCUGAAUAUAACUUUGUUCCUGAAGUUCUCACUAAUGCUAAUACUGAGAAGCAUAAAAAGGCUAUUAAUAAAUGGGAAAUUGUGGACAAUGCUUACGAGCAAAAGAUUUCAGAGUUUACUCAGGCUGAUUUAUUUUUGGGAAAUGUUUAUUACAAGCAUUAUGGUAAUGAAAUAUUUAAUGACAUAUUUAUAUUUUGCGUAUCAGAUAACGCAAAAAUACCUAAUCAAUCAUGCAAAAAUAAAUUUGAUUUUUAUAUAACUCCUAUUGACGACGAGCCUCCUUCACCACAUCCUAAUUCCACUUUUCUGAUGAAUGUGAAUAUAUUUGAUAAUGUAGUAUUAAUGCAAAAUGUUAUACGAUAUACAGACGUUGAUUCAAAUGACAACAAUUUAGUUUAUUCAAUUACUAACCAAGUAUGUUAUCAACAAAACAACAUGUUAUUAGAAUACAGUGUUGGUUAUUUUUUUAAUGAAGAAAAUCCUAAUGUUAAAGUUACAAAUUUUUAUCAAAGUGAUAUAAACUUUUUAAGAGUUGUGUAUAAAUUUAACAUAUCAAGUUCCAGGUGUAAAUCAGUAUUUAUAUACUUUAAUGUAACAGAUUGUGCUGGAAAUUCAAUAUCUAAUCAAAAGAUAACUUUUAAUAUUUUAUCAGGCAUUACAAAAGCACCAAAUCUUAUAAUUAACACAUUAACAGUAGCUAAUAGUGCAUCAUUUACAAUCUCUUUUAAUAAUAUUGAUGUUAAUGAUAUAGAUAACUCAGAUGACCAUGUUUGUUUUUCAAUUCUGGAAUUACCAAAAUAUGGUGCUAUUUUAUUUAAUAAAAUUAGACUUUCAAAAGGUACUUGUGUCAGUUUAAAAGACAUACAUGAAAAUAGAAUUAAGUAUGUACAUGAUGGAACCCAGUCCAAAAAUGACAGCAUCCAAUUUAUCUUUACUGAUGGGAUUCAUAAAGUUCAGAUAGAAUUACCAAUUGUUAUUAAACCAUGGGAUGUCGAUGUGAAAGAAAAAGAUUUUAAUAAAGAAUAUUUUACAACUUCUGAAGGAGGGGUAGUAGAAAUCAAUAAAGCUUUUAUUCAAAUGUUUGACAAUAAUGAUGAUGAAGAUUUGCUUGCCUUUAAUAUGAUUUUACAGCCUAAAUUUGGAGUAAUCAAGAAAAAUGGAAUUUCUCUUGUUAAUACUUUCCAUCUGAAUGAUAUUACUGAUAGUAAAAUUGUUUAUCAGCAUACAAGUGGGGAAAUUGGUUAUGAAAAACUAUAUGAUCAGUUUGUUAUUGGAGUUUCUAACAACUUGACUGGCCUAAUAAUAGGUUUUAAGUUUUUCAAUAAAGUACUUUUAAAUGUUGAAAUCAAUCCAGUUGAUAACCAGCCGCCAAUCAUGCUAGGCAAUUUUAUUAUCAAAGUUGCUGAAGGAGGUACUUCCUUAUUAGAGGAAACAAUGUUGAAAAUUGUAGAUAAUGACACUGCUCUGAGACAUAUAAAUUGCAGUGUAACACAUCCUCCUGAAUUCGGUUUUUUUCAAAUUGUUUUGCCAGAGGAAGGUUCAGAAAUAUCAAGAAUGGGGAUUCCAAUAUUACAUUUUAGUGCUCUUGAUGUGUUUAACAAUGAUAUAAGUUAUGUGCAAAGCAUUCAUAAAGGAUUUGAACCUAGCAAUGAUGUAUUUCAGCUUCAGUGCACUGAUGGCACAAAUAUUUCACCUCAAAAUAUUUUUCAUAUUGUCAUUAGUCCAACUAAUGAUGAAGUUCCAAUUAUUUUUGUCCAGCCGAAAAUAUAUUGUGUUGAAGAUGAUUUUAUAUUACUUGACCUUACAAAAAUUAAUCCAUUUGACCUUGAUCAACCAGAAGAUUUUAUGACUAUAUUUGUGUCUAGAAAGCCGCUUCAUGGCGAGUUAUUAAUACAAACUCAGUUUGAAUCAAAAGUUGCUAUAGAGUUCCAAAAAACAGUGUUAAUGUCAGACUUUGAAGAAGCACUUGUUUAUCAACAUAAAGGUACAGAGACACCAAGUGAUUCAUUUGAAAUUAUGGUUUGCGAUGGACUUCAUAAUACAACUAAGGAGAUUGAGAUAAUAAUAGUUUCAGUGGAUGAUGAAGCCCCAAGGUUAUCUUCAAAUAAUGGUUUAUGUUUAGAAAAAGGAGAAACUAAAGUAAUCACAAAAGACAAUUUAAAUGCAGUAGACACAGAUUCAGAUGAUGCCAGUCUUGUUUACAUAAUAAGAACAGAACCUAAAUUUGGUAAGCUUCAAAUGGCUAUAUCAUCAGUGAUAACACUUGAUUUAAGAGAAGGAGAUAACUUUACACAAAAACAUAUUAAUGAAAGAAGGAUUAGGUAUACACAUGAUGCACAUAAGUUUGGUGAACAUGAUGCUAUUGUAUUUGAUGUUACCGAUGGGUUGAACAAAUUGAUAAAUCAAAAGUUUAAUAUAUUGCUCACUCCUGAAGAUUUGAUACACCCAUCAGUUGUUUCUAAAGACUUAAUGCUAAUGGAAAAUAAUCAAGCUGUUCUGACAACAGAUUUACUGAGUGCUUCUGAUUCUAAUAGCCUUGAUGAAAAUUUGUUAUUUACAGUUACCAAAAUACCUCUUAGGGGUCAUCUUGCAAACAUAAAAUAUCCUCAUAUUCCAAUAACAAGAUUUACACAGUUGCAGUUAGCAGAAAAUAAAAUUAUUUACAAGCACACGAGUGCAGAUGAAGUGAAAAUAGAUAGCUUUGAAUUUGAAGUCACUGAUGGACGAAAUAAAUUAUUUCGCACAUUUCGUAUAAAGCUAUUGGAGGUUAAUAACAAAAUUCCUGUAUUAAAAAUAAAAACCAUACAAGCAACUCAAAACCGUAAGUCAGUCAUAACUCCUUUCGAAUUAUAUGCUAUUGAUAAUGAUACAUCUAGCACUAAGAUUUUGUACAAAGUUGUUGAAGCACCAAAAUAUGGGCAGUUGUUGUUAGAUGGAGUUAAUAUUAUUUCGAAUUUCACUCAAAACCAAAUAGACAAUAAUCGGAUCUUAUACCAUCAAGAUGGAUCACAGGUUACUAGUGAUAGUUUUACUAUAAAAUUAAUGAACGAGCAUAACAGCGAAUAUUAUUUGCAUCCAGAUACAAGCUUGAUAUUAAACCAACCAAUUCGUAUUUCUAUUUCAACAAAACCUUUUGAUAUUCAACCUCCAACAUUAAAAAUUAAUAAUGGUGCUACAAGUUUAAUUUUAAAUGACAACAGAGCUAUAUAUAUAUUUCUACCAGAAGCUUUGGAAGCCAUUGAUAAUGUAUUUGACCCUUCCAAACUUCAAUUUAUUAUUAAAAGGCAUCCAAAAAAUGGAAUUAUUGCCAGUGUUUAUGAUAAAAGGAGCAAGCUUUCAAAGUUUACUCAGCAAGACAUCAAUGAAAGACGGGUUAUUUAUGUUCUUAAGCAAGAAAGUGAAGCCAUUAGUGAUUUUUUUAUAUUUGAUGUAGCAGACACCAUAGGAAAUAGGCUAAAAGAACAAACAUUCACUUUAAAUUGGUCUUGGGUAAAAUUUGUUAAAAAGAAAUACACUGUUAAAGAAACAGACGAGUAUAUUAAAUUGCAUUUGCAAAGAAAUGGAUAUUUAGAAGAUGUUUCUUUUGUAUCAGUGCAUGCAAUUGACGGAACAGCAAAGUAUAAAGAGAAUUUUGAUGUUGUACAAAAUCGAGUCCACUUUAAUAAAGGGCAAACUAUAAGUGAGAUCAAAAUUAAAAUCAUUGAUAACAAUAAAUUUGAAAGGUUUAAAUCUUUUACUAUCAUGCUAAACACAAAUGCUGUACAAACAUUGAUUAAUCAUGGUCACAGGAACACAUCUGUAGAAAUUUUUGAUUCUGAAGAUGAGCCAAGGGUUGAAGUUGCAGAAAAUUUUAUCUCAGUUGAAGAAUCUAUUGGAGUUUUACAUAUACCUUUAAAACGAUUUGGUGAUUUAAAUGAUUUGACAAGAAUCAUUUGUGAAACAGUUUCUGUUUCGGCACUUGGUACAAAUGGCGUUUCUGUUUUAUCAGGACAAGACUUUAUUUCAAGAAUGUCUUCAGAUCCACGAAACAUCAUUGACUUUAAAAAGAGUGAGUAUCAGCAAAACUGCUUAGUUAAAAUCAUCGAUGAUAGUUUGUAUGAAGAUGAAGAAACUUUUAUUGUUAAGCUUAAUGCAUAUUAUGGUGGAAAGAUUGGUUUUGCUUCUGAAACUAAAGUUUUAAUAUUAAAAGAUCCAAUGGAUGAGCCUUAUUUUUUUAUGAGCUCACAAUUUUAUGUUGUUUCUGAAGAAGAUAACAAUAUCACAUUUUCAAUUCAAAGAAGUGGUACUGAUUUGUCUAUGAAGUCUUAUAUUUCAAUAGUCACUGUUGAAGAUACGCCUCUUUCUGCAAAAUCCAAUGUUGACUAUUUGCCUAUUGCCACCACAUAUUUAUUUGAGCCAUAUCAGAAUCAAGUUUUUGUAACAAUUCAAAUUUAUGAUGAUGCUGAUUACCCUUUAUUAGAAGGAAAAGAAACAUUUUUGGUGAUCUUAAAAGAAGCUAAAAGUGGAAGAAUUGCUCAUCCUUCAAAUGCUACUAUUACCAUAGAUGAUUCUGAAUCUGAUAAGCCAACCAUUUAUUUUGAAAGUUCUCAGCAUAAUGUUGAUGAAAAUUGCCACAAUGUUUCUCUCAGCAUUUUAAGGUCUGGAGACUUGCAGCAUGAAUCUCUUGUGCGUUGCUAUACUAGAGAAGGUACUGCUAAAGCUGGCAAAGACUUCAAAGAACGCAGAAAUGCUGACAGCUCAUUAAUAUUGUUUAAGAAAGGAGAUUUUAUAAAAAUAUGUUUGAUUGAAAUUUUUGACGAUACUGUUUAUGAAUCAAAUGAAAGUUUUGAAGUUUUUCUUGGUACGCAUGGAGAAAAUGUUGAUGGUAACAAAUCAGCUAGGUUUUUAAUUGGGAGAAAUCAUAGAAGUAUUGUUGAAAUCAAAGACAAUGAUAAGUCUAUUAUUGAAUUUAAACAAAAUCGUUAUUAUGUUAAAGAACCAUUUUCAAAUGAUGAUAAAACUUCAGUAACAAUCUCAAUCCAUCGCACAGGUGAUGUUUCAUUAACUGAGUUCGUGACUGUGUUUACAAAGGAUGGUUCUGCAAAAUCUGGUCAAAAUUAUGAAUCAUUCACAAAAUUGUUAGAAUUUUCACCAAAUAUUACAAAAAUGGAAGUGUCAGUUUCAAUCCUCUAUGAUGACCAGCUCACCUUACGAACAGCAUUUUCAUUGCAUCUGUAUAUUGAAAGUCAAAAACUAUCUUCAUUAGGUAAUGCUAGAACUGUCAUUUAUAUUGAAAAGCCAAGAGACCAAGUUGUUCUGUUUCCAUCAAACCCUGUUGUAGUCUCAUUAAAUGAUUAUGACAAUGUUGCCAAUGCAAAAAUUCAGCCAAUCAAUGGUUAUCCAUUAAUUUGUAUAACGGCAUGCAACCCAAAGUUUCCAAUAUACAAAGCUACAAAAGAUCUUUGUGCUUCUAUCAACAACAGUUUAACUAAAUAUAAAUGGCAAAUUUCUUCAUCAAAUAAUUUAUUGUUUAAAGAUAUCACAAUGAGCUUGUUUUUUACUAAUCCUUACAAAAUUACUCUUGAUAGCAUAUAUUUCUCUGGAGGGUCGCAGGUUAGAUGCAUUGCACAAGCCUUUACUAAUCAAAAUUUACCAGGUGCUACUAGUGCAAGUAUGCCAGUCACAAUAGAUGCAAAAAAUGGAUUAUGCAUGUCAACAAAAGAAAGUCAAAUAGAUUCAAAAUCUUUUUCAGCUCAAGUUUCAUACAUUAAUUUGCCAAACACAACUCAUUCCAAUUUAAUCAAAUUAAGUGUGCUGAUACCUCAUAUUGAUGGCUUGUUGCCUUUAAUAUCAACGAAAGAGCUCAGUAACCCAAAAUUGUCUUUGAGUCCAGAUAGGAUACGAACAGCUUUAUAUAAGUGCUCAAAUCUACUUAAUGCUGAUGAGAUACAAACUUCAUUUGGUUUUAAUAAAAGGGAUUCUCAUUCAUUUACUCAGAUUUAUCCUUAUGAGUUUGAUUCAAAUAUAAGAGGAAGAGAUACAGUUAGGUUUUAUCAAAAUCUGGAUCUUGAUUUAUGUUUGUGGAAAUUUGAAAGUCAUUAUGAUAUGAGCGAACUUAUUAACGAAUGUGAAGGUAGCAUUUCUACAAAUGAUCAAAUUAAAAGUUUAAAUCAAGCUGUUCUAAAUAUUAUUUUGCCAUUUUAUGUUUCAUACUUGCAUCAUUCUGGUGAAGAUGGUUGGAUUGAGUUUCAACACCAAACUUUUUUUCAUAUCAAAGCACAAUAUGAAACAGCAAUAAUUUCAGAAAAUGGUGUUAAAAAUUUCAAAAAUUUUAAAGGAAAUUUGUACUUGAAAAAGGUAUCAAUUAGAGAGUCUGAUAAGCGGUUGCAAGUUACUUUUAAAACAAAAGCUUUAUUUAAUGGAUUGUUUAUUCUUCAAACAAAAGGACUUCUAAAAUCCAACGUGAGGUUAUUGCAUCAUCCAAAAAUGAUAUUUUCUUUACUAUUAAUCAAUACAGAAGCAACUUAUAUGCAGCCAGAGCAGCUGUGGCAGUUUACUUCUAACUAUGCAAUUCAUGAUUAUUCCGGCACAUAUCUUUUUAACCUUGUUCCUUGUAUUGCAACUGUUGGUGUUAAAUAUACGUCACCACCAGAUUGCACUCCACACAAGCCGAUAUCUUUUCAGUUAAAUCUUACUAUUCAGCAGACAAAAUUACCUGCAGAAACCGCCUUCCGUGUCAAAACGAGGUUUUCCUUGUUUCAUAGCGAUGAGUUCCGCCAAUCUCGUGUGAAUGAUUCUUAUGUAAUGUUCAAAGAAGGAGAAAGAAUACACGGUCGCGUUAUGAUUGAUCCCAUGCAAGUAUUUGGUAACGGCUACGAGAUCAUAAUUGAAAAAGUUUUUUUGUGCAAUAGUUUAGAUGGAUAUGCGCCUACAUUUGAUCCAAAACUAGGAAAAUAUGGAUGCAUCUCUGAGUCUCCUAACUUAUCUUUUCGUAUAAAAAUAUUGGAUCGUUUAAAUCCUGAAUAUAUACAACCUCGUUUAAAUGGUGUUAACUUUAAUGCAAAGUUUGUUGCGACAAAAUCUGAAGAUAAUUUUGCCAAACCUAAUAGUUUUAGUUUCGAGAGUUCACCAUUAUUUACGGUAUCUAAUGGGGGAAAUUGGUAUCUUCAUGUAAUUUACUCGAUUCAAGCAGCAAAAGUUUAUGCAAAAACUCGAAGUAAAAGAAAUACUUAUGACGACUAUAGUAACAUUUAUCCGCGGUCAGGUUUAAACAAAACUCGUAAAAAAUCAUACAAAUCUCAGUUUGAAGCAAUAAAUUUUAAAAAAGAAAUUAAAGCCAUUGGUCUAAAUUCUGGAACUGAUAUGCAAAUGUUAUUACUAGUGUCAUCCAACAGAAUAGUAGAAGAGAAUAAAUUCUAUAGUUCAUCUGCUGUGUAUAUAAAAGGAAACGGAUGUUUAAUUUGGUUCGGAAUACUAUUAUUGGAGUUAUUGAAAAAUAUUUUAAGAAUGGUAGUGAUGUUAGAACAACUUAGAUAAAUGAAGGUCAUUAGAUUUUUAGUCAUUUAAUUUGUCUAUUUAUUUAUAUUAAAUAUAUUUUAACUUGUAUUUAUUUAAUUUUGUUUCAUUUUUUUCAAAGAUGAUAUGAAGUUUUUUAAAAUUAGUUUUCUCUCGAAAUGUGUUUUCAUUUUAUUGGCAGAAUGCACGCAUUAACAGUGUAUAUGUGCGUGUUUGUUUUGGAUAUUUUGCUCCUGAAUUUUAUUGCUCUUGAAGGUUUAUGUUCUCAUAUGAACUUGUGGUCGAAGAAAUGUAAAGUCAGCUUUUUUAUUAUUUAAAUAGUUUGUUUCAUGCAUUUUCUUUGCACAUGCCAAAUUUCAAUGAAAAAAAAAAGCAAUUAUUGUUAUACCAAGUAUACCACUUUUUUAGGUAGCCCUAGGCAAGUGGUUUUUUGAGGUGGUUCUUUUUAGAAACAUAUAUAAACUUUGUCAUCUUUUGAAAAGAAGAAACUAAGGUUGGGCUUGAUUUUUAUAUUACUAUUAUGUAUUGCUACUGUUGUGUUUGCGGGCCUAUUGUGGCACGGCAUUUUUCUAAAGAAAAAACAUUUGGAAUACGUCACAAAACAGGAGCGGAGAAACGUGCUCAAAAAUAAGAUGGCGGUUUCGUUUCAGAACUUAUAUGUAUAAAAUAUAAAGUGCUAAUGACUACAAAGAAAUUUAUUGUUUAACUUA